AUGGAGUCUGUUCCCAAUUUUAGCAGUAUCAUACACUCACCGUCAUUCACCUUCCUCGUUGGCCCGCGACAUACGAAGCUGACAAUCCAGUCGGGGCUCGCUCAACAUGUCUCCAAACCACUCCAUAAUCUCAUGAACGGUCCGACGAGGGAAUCAAAACACCGAAUCGCUGUUCUGGAAGAAGAUGAUGUCGAGACCUUCGUAGCUUUCUGCGAGUAUGCAUACACCGGCGAUUAUAACGUGCCUCGUCGCGAGCAAGAGGUCCUGGAAGACCACAGGCUUGGAGUAGUCGAGAGCUCGCCGAGUACCGCCACCUGGAGAGAGAAUUACCGGUCUGGUUCGAUAUCGUCGACUGUGCCACCCCCGGCUCCGUCGCCGCCCCCGCAGUUUCGCCAUCGGGGACAAGGAGCGUACCAUCAGCCUGCGCCUGAGCCCGAGCCGCCAGUGGCUCAACCUGUAUCUGAGCCUGCGCCCGAGGCCAAGGAACCAGUGACUCCAACUCAUGCGCCAGAGCCUGAGGCCGAGGCGGUUCCAGAGCCCGAGGCUCCAGUCGAUGCAGCAGCACCAGAGCCAGAGCCAGAGCCGGAGACAUACCACGAAGCGGAGACUGCACCAGAGCCACCGGCCGAGGAUGUGCAUCCUGUGGAUGACGAAUGGGCAGUUCCGACCGAAGAACCUGUGUCAUGGGAGCCAGAAGAACCCAAGGGCAACAAAAAGAAGAGCAAGAAAGGGAAGAAGGGCAAAAAGCAAGCAGGGCUUGUCGAAGAAGAACCUCCCGCACCAGUUGAGCCUGUCAGCCUUACGCCGCCAUCAACACCACCCCCAGAAGUCGCUGCCGAGCCCAUCCCCGAGCCAGAAGCAGAGCCCGUUGAAGAACGGACUCCAGCAGACCCUGGCCCAGAACCAGAACCAGAAUCAACAGAGCACUGGGAGCAGCCAGCUGAACAGCCUGCACCUGAACCUGAACGUACACCCGCAACUGAAGAGCCUGCGCCUGCAGAAGAACAGCCUGCGCCUGCGGCGGAAUCGAUGGAAAAUUCCUGGACCCAAGAUAGAAACCCAGGCACCAGCAUUAGCCAAACACAGCCGCAAAGACCAAUGCUCGACAUGUCCUUCGCGCAACAGCAAGCCACCUCGCCCUGCGAGCCUGGCCUCAGUCUAUGGGACGAGUUCACCUCGCUACAAUACGAUGACCCACCGACGUCGGAGCCCGCCCCAAUCGAGACGCCGAGCACCGAGCUGCCCUACAUCACCUUCCACGCGAAACUCUAUGUCUUCGCCACACGGUACCUAAUUCCCGCUCUCGCCCAGCUAUGUCUCCGAAAGUUGCAUCGCGAUCUGCUCCUCCUGUCAUCGACACACUUCGAAACUGCCGAUCUAGGUGACUCCCAAGUUCUAGAUGGCUUGGCAGCAACCAAGGCGCAGAUGGUGCUGGAGCUGGUGCACUACGCAUACACAAAGACGUCCCGACUGGAGCCGAUCUCGCCAACAUCCGCGACCCAACUUCGUGAGAACCAGCUGCGCCGAUUGGUGGUGCAUUAUGCGGCGUGCAACGUGAAGGAAUUGGCACGGUAUCAUUCGGCAGAGGAUUCAGUUUCGGCGACGCCGUCUUUGCGGCCCGUGGAUGCCAAGACGGAUCGGGAUGAGACUUCCAUUUCCAAUUCUCCGAAGAGUCUUCGUGCGUUGUUGGAUUUGACGACGGAGCUGGCCUCUGAUCUUGUUUACCGAAUGAUGUGA